UGAUGACCCAGUACUGUAUAUUUUGCCUCCUUUAACACAGUUUCUCCGUGAAUUAAAGUAUUGAGUUUUUAUGUUGCAUUUUACGUUUGUGUCAGGAUGUGAAACCUUACAGGAGAGUUGAAUGUGAAAGGCGCGAGGCGGCUGCGGAGGCGGAGAGACGCGCGCGCGCGGAGGAAACGGGGUCAGCCGCGGAGAGCAGGACACCUCUAAAUUCUAUCUACCCCCUCUUAAUGACCCCCCAGUUUCCUUCUGGGGUCUAUUUAAAAACAGCGACUCUUCACAAUGGGCCGUGGGAGACUGGUCCGACCAGAAUCCUGGUUUAGCUCUCCAGGAAGCUAAAGGAGAUCGGACACAAAGUCGCCUUUUGUCUGGGAUCCAAUAGGUGAAAGGGGAGACUGGGGUGAAGGGAAGAAGGAAAACACUUGAGGGGGGAAAAAUCAGUCUCUCCUGUUAUCGAUUUCGUUCUAGUUCCAGCUGGCGGAUGGAGUGAAACGAGUAAAAGGGAGGGAGUCAGACUGCAGCUCGGUUGCGUGUGAUGAUAGGAGACACAAUGACGCUCCUGUCUCUUCUGGGUCGGAUCAUGCGCUAUUUUCUCCUCAGGCCGGAGACGUUGUUUCUGCUCUGUAUCAGUCUGGCGCUGUGGAGUUACUUCUUCCACACCGACGAGGUGAAAACCAUCGUCAAAUCCAGUCGGGAUGCCGUGAAGAUGGUGAAGGGAAAGGUGGCGGAGAUGAUGCAGAACGAGCGGUUGGGAGGCCUCAGCGUCCUGGAUGCGGAGUUCUCCAAAACCUGGGAGUUCAAAAACAACAACGUCGCCGUCUAUUCCAUCCAAGGGAGGAGAGACCACAUGGAGGACCGCUUCGAGGUGCUCACCGACAUCUCCAACAAGAGCCACCCGUCCAUAUUCGCGAUAUUUGAUGGUCAUGGAGGAGAGGCUGCAGCUGACUACGCGAAGGCCCAUCUGCCCGAGACACUGAAGCAGCAGCUGCAGGCCUUUGAGCGGGAGAAGAGGGAGAGCUCUGUGUCGUACGCCAACAUUCUCGAGCAGCGCAUCCUGGCCGUGGAUCGGGAGAUGCUGGACAAGCUCUCUGCCAACCACGACGAAGCAGGAACAACAUGCCUGGUGGCGCUGCUGUCCGACAGAGAGCUCACAGUGGCCAACGUCGGAGACUCUCGCGGUGUCCUGUGUGAUAAAGAUGGAAAUGCUAUUGCGCUAUCGCACGAUCACAAACCCUAUCAGCUUAAAGAACGCAAGAGGAUCAAGAGAGCAGGAGGUUUCAUCAGUUUUAAUGGAUCCUGGAGGGUUCAGGGUAUCCUAGCAAUGUCCCGCUCCCUGGGCGACUACCCACUGAAAAACCUCAACGUGGUCAUUCCCGAUCCCGACAUAAUGACCUUCGACCUGGAUAAGCUGCAGCCGGAGUUCAUGAUCCUCGCCUCGGACGGGCUGUGGGACGCCUUCAGCAACGAGGAGGCGGUGCGGUUCGUGCGCGAGCGUCUGGACGAGCCCCACUUCGGUGCCAAGAGCAUAGUCCUCCAAUCCUUCUACCGCGGUUGCCCCGACAACAUCACCGUCAUGGUGGUCAAGUUUAAGAGCGGAACUGGGGGGAGCAGCAAGACCGGGGAUUAGGACUGGAUCGAUUGGAUGUGGAAGUGCAACGACUAGAAGGAAAGCAUCAGGAAAAUUGUAAUUUUGACAUCGGAAAAUUAAGCUCAUUGAGUCUGGAGGGAAGGGGCAUUUAACCACAAAGUCCAUAUGGUUUUAAUAAUAAAAAAAAAUCUUAAAAAAAGACUUAAAAUACAGGAAACUCGUUUUAACCAGCACACAUUAGACUGUGAUUGCUUCACUUUAAAUGUGCAUGAAUGGUACGGCUCUCCUCGGAGGCUUUUUUUUUUUUUUUUUUUUUUUUUAAUGGGAGGAGGCUUGAAAUGUGCCUACGCAAUAUUUACUGUGCAACGUACUGGAGGUGCUGAAAAUGCAACUGCAAAAAAUUGUAAAAAAAUAGCAUCCGCUUGCAGCGCCUCCAAAAAA